AUGGCUCGUCGUGGCCACUCGAAAUCUGGCGCAGCAACCGUACGACGUGCUGUUACCGAGCAGGCCAUCCACCCAUCUUCAGAUCGAAGCCUGGGACGUGCUGUCAGAAUCACACUAGGAAAGUGUACGACAUUCGUUGUAGGACUCUGUACUCCGUAG